AGGCGCGGGCUUUCACGUGCCCAAGGCUUCACAAUUCUAACCCUUCCUUUCUUGCUUGUGUUCUCUGUCUGCUCUUCGUAGGACAGUUUAACGAACAUGUAAUGGUUCGUGCGGCUCACGCAAAUCGAGAGGGCAGAGCUUAGCUGACUCAAUUGCGGUACAUCUAUUUCUUCUUGUUUCCUCUCACGCUGGCGAGUGAAUACAGCGCGAGGCGAGGCGAGACGGAGAACAGCACCGAGCGCCACAGGGAUGUAUACCAAACACAGACAGAAAAACGGACACAUUUCAUCCACACGAUAUGUGCUUGUAAUGCUAUCGGUUUUUCUCUUUAACGGUUUACUGGAAAUUGUAAGCGGAAAUCCUCGAGAGGAAGUGGAAGACAGAGGACAGAGAGUAGCGGCACACUGGAUCUCUCACAGAACAGCACAGCAAGAGGCUGAAACGUCAUUUAAGGACCAGUUCCCAGAGAGAGGGGAGAUUCUAGUCUCAGCCCAGGACUUGAAAUUGGUUCUACAAGUUGAACGAAAUCAGGAGCUCCUGGGUCACGACUUCACUGAAACUCACUACGAGAAUGGCCUCCCUGUCACCCAAACCAGCAGUCACACUGAUCAUUGCUUCUAUCACGGGAGGGUCAGAGGUCAUGCUGAAUCUUGGGUCGCUCUGAGCACAUGUUUGGGAAUGAGAGGUUUGAUUGGCUUGAACUCAAAUGAUACAUACUACCUGGAGCCAAUCAGAGGCCAGGAGGUUCUCCACCACACUUUCUAUCGCACUGAAGACCUGCCGAUCAAAACCGGCACCUGUGGACACAGCCAUCAGACUGGACACAUCAGCCUGUUCAGUGGUCACCUUAAACCUUUGCAUCAAAGGGUCAGUCAUGGUGUGAUUUUCAAGGGCACCACCAUUGGCAUGGCUCCGCUGGAGGGCAUGUGCAGUCAUGAGAACUCAGGAGGCAUCAACGUGGAUCAUUCUGAAUUGCCCAUUGGGGCGGCUGCCACCAUGGCACAUGAGAUCGGUCAUAACAUUGGCAUGAGCCACGACCAUGAGGGCUGUUGCGUGGAGGCCACAGCGGAGCAGGGUGGAUGUGUCAUGGCGGCAGCUACAGGGCACCCCUUUCCAAAAGUUUUCAGCCGCUGUAGCAAAAAAGACUUGGACAACUACUUCCAGAAGGGAGGAGGAAUGUGCCUGUUCAACAUGCCCAACAUGAAGGAUCUGGUCGGUGGCAAGAGGUGUGGAAACGGCUUUGUAGAGGAAGGGGAGGAGUGUGACUGUGGAGAACCAGAGGAGUGCACCAAUGAUUGCUGCCACCCCAGCAAUUGCACUUUGAAGAUGGAUGCUCAGUGUGCCCACGGGGUCUGCUGUGAGGACUGCAAGCUGAAGCAGGCCGGCACCAUGUGCCGUGGAGCAGCCGGUGCCUGUGAUCUGCCGGAAUACUGCACGGGAGGUUCUCCCUACUGCCCCUCUAAUGUUUACCUCCUGGACGGGUCAUCGUGUCAGCUUGGCCGUGCCUACUGCUAUAAUGGCAUGUGUCUGACCCAUGAACAGCAGUGCCUGCAGCUGUGGGGUUAUGGUGCGCAGCCGGCACAUGACGUCUGCUUUCAAGAUGUGAACGCGGCGGGGAAUGCCUUUGGAAACUGUGGCAAGGACAGUCAUGGCAACUACAUGAAGUGUGAGAAAAGUGAUGCCAAAUGUGGUAAGAUACAGUGCCACAGUGCUGCCAAGAAACCAAAGGGCACCAAUGCUGUGUCCAUAGACACCACCAUCCGUACAGAUGGCAUUGAGGUGAAGUGCCGGGGCACAUAUGUUUACAGCACCCAAGAUGGGCAGGGCGAUCUUCCAGACCCUGGACUGGUCAUGACGGGCACCAAGUGUGGAGAGGGGAAGGUGUGCAAAGAUCGACAAUGUCAGAAUGCCUCUUUUACUGAGUUACAAACCUGCAUAGCCCGUUGCCAUGGGCAUGGGGUGUGUAACAGUAAUGGGAACUGCCACUGUAAGCGUGGGUGGGCUCCCCCCUUCUGUGAGAAACCAGGACUCGGGGGAAGUGUGGACAGUGGACCUAUACAGUAUGACAGUCAGGUGGGAUUAGUUGUUGGGCUGCUCUUUGUUUUUCUAGUGCUUCUCCCUGCUGUACUUAUUGCCUUCUACUGCAUCAAGAUAAAAAGCUCCUACUACCACAAGUGGAAAACACAGAGAGAGAAGAGCAAAGCCAGCAGAAAUGAGGGCUCCGUUGAAAAGGGGAAGAAUGGACACCUAAACCCUGCUUUCCAUCUGAAGGUGGUGGGACCCUCCAACAGAAGUGUUAAUCUUAAGCUACCUCACACCAGCAAGGAGGUGCUUCCUCUGAGGCCAAACCCAGCCUCCAACAGUACUCAGCCAGUUAAUAUUGUCCGUCCUCUCCGGCCGGCUCCGUCGCCAUCCCUGAGCAACAUCAAAGGACCUCGACCUCCUCCGCCUAUCAGCAAGCCACCCAAAUCUGUAGCAUCACCCCAGAAACUCAGUCCUCCCAAGAAGCCUCUACCCCUCAACCCUUCACGCUCACCACUGAAGGUAUCAGAACAACAGCCUCGACCCCCGUUCACACCCCCCCAGAGGCCUCUUCCUCUCAGCCCUGCUCGUGGAGCACAGCCCAAACCCUCUGGUGGGGGGCUCAUGGUGAUGAUGCCCCCUUCAGUCGGACCCAAGCCUGUGGGAAAGGUGACUGCUGUUCCCCCUUUAAAGGCAUUCCGACCUGUUUCAGGACCCAAACCAAUCAUAGUUCCAUCCACUUUCCGAAAAUGACGCUUGCAGGAUUAAUUUCUUAAAGACUUCAGCCAGCCUAUUUGCACUAAAUAAGGACCCUUGGCGACUGGUACUAUAAUGAGCUGUCUCACAAGGGAUGGAAGAGCAUGGUGCUAGGGCCCUGGAUGAGGCCUCGCAAACCGGCGUUCAAAUACAGCCGGCACAGCAGAGAUGACGUGGUUUUGCAUGAAAACAUGCAGACUGAGAAAGUUUUGGAUAGACUAUCACAUUGCCAAAACCUUGACUUUUAAUCACCUUGCAAUUUUUUUGUACUUAUUUGUUUUAAUAUCAUGCCUCUGUCUUGUUUACAUUUUUUGUUUGACUAUCAUCUAUUUGUCAAGUGCCAAAGAUGUUGU